AUGGUGAUGGUGAGGACAUGGAUUGAGCCAGUAGUUGCUGGAUGCCAGCUAGCCAGCUCCUUUUAUGAUACUGGCUUAAUUUUAGUAGUAAAAGGUUACUACAACAAGACUAACGUUACAACAAAUGAGGAUGUUCUUCAGAAAUCUAUUUCAAAUUUCUAUAUUAUAUACAACUUAAUCAUCAAAUUGACACCCUUGUUAUCUGCCUAUAUUCUAGCAAAAAUGGGUGAUAAAAUAAAUAGAAAGAUAACUAUUUGUGUGCCAAUCAGUGGAUUCUUCAUUUCUAGCUUAUUUCUUCUUUUUUUGAUUCUAUGGGACUGGCAAAUAGAAGUCAUGUUUGGCACUGCUGCCUUUAAUGGUCUAUGUGGUUGGUUCACAGCUUACUGGGCUGGAGUCAUGUCAUUGGCUUCUCUAAAUUCCUCGGAGAAACGAAGGACUCUUAGGCUUAUCAUCAUUGAAUGUAUCUUUGGGUUGGCUGGAUUUGUUGGCAGCUUAAUUUCUGGACAUAUCUUUAUUUAUCUAGAAAUUGCACAUCACCCAGGAACAGCUCUGGUCUUCUGUAGCCUAGCAAGUUAUGCCUUCUGUCUCAUGUAUGUCAUUUUUAUAUUGAGAGUUCCUCAUUCUGAAGUAAGACAAGAGGAGACCACCCCCAGGAUAUGUGAGGACCACAUUGUAAAUCAAGAAACGCCUGAUCAAGGUUAUACAGAACAAAGCAAGCUCAUCGAUCAGUCAAAUAGCAGUUUAACACAUAACACUUCAGAUAGUAAUAUGUUUGACACUAAAGUCACAAUUUACCUCCUGUUUGUAAGUGCCACUUUAUAUAAUUCUGCUGUCAAUGGUGCUGAAGAUGUCAUUAAUUUUUUUGUUUUAAAGAAUCCUUUGAGCUGGGGACCAGUGGAAGUGGGUUAUGGAAAUGCUGCAGCCUACAUGAUUUUUAUCACUAGUUUCCUGGGAGUUUUUGUUUUAUCCAGGUGUGUUUGUGACUUGAACUUAGUCAUUUUUGGAAUGUUUUCAUUUUGUGCUGGAAUUCUAAUAAUGGCAUUUGUCCGUUGGACCUAUCUGUAUUACAUUGCCAGACUUGUCAUGAUGUUUUCCUUGAUCCCAUUGCCAACUAUCAGGGCCAUGUUAUCGAAAUACACAAAAGAGUCAUCAUACGGAAAAGUGUUUGCAGUGCUGCAGAUGGUCAUGGGAGUUGUUGCUGUGGCAUCAUCCACAGCAUUUAUUGAGAUUUACCAAGUAACACUAAGCUGGUUUAGUGGAUUCAGUUUCAUCGUAAUCUGCAUCGUUGCCUUCAUCAGUUUUAUUCCUAUCAGUUUCAUAGCCUGCAAGACAAACACAAGAAAAAUAUCACAGCAAGUUGUUCAGGAAUAAUAGACCAGAGUUUACAAUGAAAGAUACUUAGGGGUCUAUGUACUAAGCCUUGGAGAGCGAUAAAGUGGAGAUAAAAAAAAAGUACCAACCAACCAGCUCCUGUAAUUUUUCAAACACAGCCUAUAAUAUGGCAGUUAGGAGCUGAUUGGCUGGUACUUUAUCUGUCUCAACUUUAUCUCCAUCCAAGGCUUAUUACGUAAACCACUAAGAUUCCAAAUUACUUGUGAAGAACUUUUGUUGAAAUGUGUACAUGUAGCAAGAAAGCAGUAUACUGUUAUAUUACCUCCUGUAGAACUAAUGUGUCUAUUAUAUUUUUAUAUGACUGUGAAAAAGAACCUAGAAAGCCUUCCAACCUUGCUUUUGGGUGCUAAAUACUAAUGGGUCCAAUGGUUAUCUUGACUAGUUUUCUGCGCCUAGGCACAACAUGACUUAUUAGCAUAAACCCUUCAUCUAUUGUUCUCAUCUGCAAUACAAUACAGUGCAGCAGGGGAUUAAGUCAGAUGUAACCAAUUAUAGGAUCCUAUCAUUGCAUAUCCUGUUAAUUUAU